CGACCUCCUCUCGGUUGUGCGAUUCUGAAGCUGGUCGCCGGUCCUCAGUGUUUAUCUGGUCGUCAUGGCGGAGGGACGUGGAGAGCUACCGCCUCAGCCGCCGCUUCAUCUAUCUUUACCUCCGGUCAGCAAGCGACUGUGCUUGCGCCCGGCUCCCCGAGGGCCUGGUCCAGGGCCUGGUCCAGGUUUUCCGAACUCUCGGUUUCGCUGCCCGGAAUCUCUAUUGGACUGUGCGGCGAAGGCUGUAGCGGAGAAAUGGGCCUUUGAGCGGGUGGAGGAGCGCUUCGAGCGGAUCCCAGAGCCAGUACAGCGCCGUAUAGUGUACUGGUCUUUUCCGAGGAACGAAAGGGAAAUAUGUAUGUAUUCGUCGUUUCAGUGCCGUGUCGCCGGCGAAGAGGGUCCGGCGGUAGGAACAGGGGCUCCCGCUGGAUCCGGGGCUGUCCCUGGAGGGGUUACCAGUACGACGGGGGCAGCGGGCACCGGAGAUGGACUGCCUUUCCGUCGGGGCAUUCGGCUUUUAGAGACUGGUUGUGUGGAAAAUGUCUUACAAGUCGGUUUCCACCUCAGUGGCACAGUCACGGAGCCCGCCUCCCAGUCGGAGCCCGAGGUCACCCACAAGGUGGCCAUCAGCUUCGACCGCUGCAAGAUCACCUCGGUCACCUGCGGCUGCGGCAACCGAGACAUCUUCUACUGCGCCCACGUGGUAGCCUUGUCCCUGUACCGCAUCAGGAAGCCAGAGCAGGUCAAGUUGCGGCUGCCCAUCUCAGAGACCCUGUUCCAGAUGAACAGAGACCAGCUACAGAAGCUGGUCCAGUACCUCAUCACAGCCCACCACACAGAGGUGCUGCCCACCGCCCAGAAACUGGCCGACGAGAUCCUCUCGUCCAACUCUGAGAUCAACCAGGUCCAUGGGGCCCCGGACCCCACGGCAGGGGCCAGCAUUGAUGACGACAACUGCUGGCACCUGGAUGAGGAGCAGGUCAGGGAGCAGGUCAAACUGUUCCUGUCCCAGGGAGGGUACUACGGCUCCGGGAAGCAGCUCAACUCCAUGUUUGCCAAGGUGCGAGAAAUGCUGCGGAUGCGUGACUCUAACGGUGCCAGGAUGUUGACCCUGAUCACGGAACAGUUCAUGGCCGACCCUCGCCUCUCUCUGUGGCGGCAGCAGGGGACUGGCAUGACGGACAAGUGUCGGCAGCUAUGGGACGAACUGGGUGCCCUGUGGGUGUGCAUUGUGCUGAACCCGCACUGUAAGAGUGAGGAGAAGAGCGGCUGGCUUAAGCAGCUGAAGAAGUGGGGCGACAUGGACAUCUGUCCCCUGGAGGACGGCAACUACGGCAGUGAGUUGCCCAACAUUACCAACGCUCUACCACAGAGCAACUUCGCCCAGGACUCCCUGGCCCGGCCCAGACGGACAGUGUUCACGCGGGCCAUGGAGGCCUGUGAUCUCCACUGGCAGGACAGCCACCUGCAGAGGAUCAUCAGCUGUGACUACUACAUGUCCCCAGCAUACCAGAGAGAGGGAGAGAGUCUCCUCUUCAACCCCCAGGGCCUGCCUCUAUGGCUAGAUCACGUCCCCACAGCGUGUGCGCGGGUCGAUGCCCUGCGUUCCCAUGGUUACCCCCGUGAGGCGCUGCGGUUGGGCGUGGCCAUCAUCAACACCCUCCGGCUGCAGCAGCACCGCCAGCUGGACAUCUACAAGCACCAGAAGAAAGAGCUGCUUCAGAGGGGGACAACCAGCACUACUAACCUGGAGGGCUGGGUGGGACACCCCCUGGAUCCCAUCGGCUGUCUGUUCACCACCCUCACUGAGACCUGCCGGGUGGAAGACGACAACGCUAUGGACACUGGAGACUCUGGAGAGCACAAGCCACCGGUGUACCACCACGUGCCUGUGUGGGGUUGCCCAGAUGGUGGGGAGUCCUACCUGGCGCUGGCCCUGGAGGUGGCGCUGAUGGGCAUGGGGCAGCAGAGGGUGAUGCCCGAGGGCCUCUAUGCCCAGGACAAGGUGUGUCGGAACGAGGAGCAGAUUGUGGCCAAGCUGCAGGAGAUGGAGCUGGAUGAUCUGCUGGUCCAGACGCUGAGGAAACAGGCUAUACUCCUACUGGAAGGAGGUCCCUUCAGUGGCCUUGGUGAUGUCAUCCACAGGGAGAGUGUUCCCAUGCACACCUUUGCCAAGUACCUGUUCUCAGCCCUGCUGCCCCACGACGCAGACCUGGCCUACAAACUAGCAUUGAAGGCCAUGAGGCUCCCUGUGUUAGAGUCGAUGGCGCCCUCGGGAGACUUGGGUCACCCCCACCAUGGCAUCAGCAUUGUGCCCAGCCGAUAUCCCCGCUGGUUCACCCUGGGCCACCUGGAGUCUCAGCAGUGUGAACUGGCCUCUACCAUGCUCACCGCAGCCAAAGGAGAUAUGUUGAGAUUGCGGACGGUGCUGGAGGCCAUCCAGAAGAACAUCCACUCCUCCUCCCUCAUCUUCAAACUGGCCCAGGAUGCCUUCAAGAUCGCAACUCCGGCUGACAACCCCCCAGACAUCACCCUGCUCAAUGUAGCUCUGGAACUGGGCUUGCAGGUGAUGAGGAUGACCCUCUCCACUCUGAACUGGAGACGCAGGGAGAUGGUGCGCUGGCUGGUCACCUGUGCUACAGAGGUGGGUCUGCGAGCGCUGGUGAGCAUCCUCCAGAGCUGGUACACCCUGUUCACCCCCACCGAGGCCACCAGCAUCGUAGCAGCUACUGUCAUGUCCCACAACACCAUCCUGCGCCUCAGCCUGGACUACCCCCAGAGAGAGGAGCUGGCUAGCUGCGCCCGGACCCUGGCCCUGCAGUGUUCCAUGAAGGACCCCCAGAACUGCGCCCUCUCGGCCCUCACGCUCUGCGAGAAGGACCACAUCGCUUUCGAGACGGCCUACCAGAUCGUCAUCGAUGCCGCCUCCACAGGCAUGACGUACUCUCAGCUGUUCACCAUCGCCCGCUACAUGGAGCACCGCGGCUACCCGCUCCGAGCCUUCAAGCUGGCCUCGCUGGCCAUGACCCACCUCAACCUGGCCUACAACCAGGACACCCACCCGGCCAUCAACGACGUGCUCUGGGCCUGCGCCCUGUCCCACUCGCUGGGCAAGAACGAGCUGGCCGCCAUCAUCCCCCUGGUGGUGAAGAGCGUGCACUGCGCCACCGUGCUCUCGGACAUCCUGCGUCGCUGCACCAUGACGGCCCCGGGCCUGGCCGGUAUCCCCGGGCGACGGAACUCUGGGAAGCUCAUGUCCACGGACAAGGCUCCGCUCCGGCAGCUGCUGGACGCCACUAUCAGCGCCUACAUCAACACCACCCACUCCCGACUCACUCACAUCAGCCCCAGACACUACGGAGAGUUCAUAGAGUUCCUUAGUAAGGCCAGAGAGACCUUCCUACUGGCCCAGGACGGACACAUCCAGUUUGCCCAGUUUAUAGACAACCUCAAACAGAUCUACAAGGGCAAGAAGAAACUCAUGAUGUUGGUACGGGAACGCUUCGGCUGAACCCCAACAGGACAGGCAAUAUAGGGAUCUGCUUUUAGUACUACUUACUCAUUUAUUUAAGUUUUCAUACAUUUUCUCUUUUUUUGUCAUUCUUGUGGCAAUUUCUGUAUGUCUGUUUUUGUUUUUGUCUUUUUAUUUUCUCGUGGGCAACAACCACUGUUUAUUUUAGUAUGAUAAAGAUUGUGAUGAUGAUGAUGAUAAAAUCGUUGAGGUGGCACAUAAUGAAAAACCAAAUGAUGCAUGGGGUGUUUUGAGCCAGGGAAUGUCUGCUGUGUGGAGUUACUAGUGGGUUUUGAAGGAGUGAGAACUUGUCAUUCCAAAAACCAGAGAUGUGGACUUAUUCACGUGACUUGGACUUGAGUACUACUCUAGUCACACAUUUUGAGACUUGACAACAAGAAAAAACACUUUGACUGGAACGUCUAUGACUCGUGACUUAACUUGGACUUCAACUGUAUGACUGGAGAGACUAGAUUCGUCAUCUCAGCCACUAUGUUAGGCUAUCUGUCCUUUAUAUCGGAGUGCUGCAGGUUCUGUGCGUUCUGUGUCUUGACCAAUCAGAUUGACAGAAAUCACAGGUUGCGCAGGCCGGGCACAAAGCACUUCCUCUAGCAAAGCUCGCGCCGCUCCGCUGUCCUCCGAUAUUUAUUUAGCAAACGUAACAACACAACACUCCUGACAUACACAAGCAAGAACUCUUCACAGAAAUGUUGCAGCAGCCUACACCUAAAAUGUAUGGGAAGAAAAUGAGUCUGAUCAACUAGGCUACUGAUAACAAGCGCAGCUGCAUAGGCUACAGCCAAUGCGCCCUGUCCCCCUUUGCCCUCUGGCCAGGGUAAACGAAGUGGUUUUGUUAUGUAGCCUAUGUAUAGCCUGUUCAUUUAUGUUACGAGAAAAUGUGAAUGUGAUCAAAUUUGGUUUAGGCUAUAUUCAAACUUGGGCUGGCUGGCUAGACUACUGGCUAGACUACCUUGACCUUUUCAAUUAACUGAAAUUAAUCAAACAACAAAAUACUGAUUACAUAAAUAUACUGAGUGAGUUACUUUUUAAUUACAGUUGCAUAGGCCUAUACGAUGCAAACCUGCAUAAAGCAAGCUCAGCGCUGUGAGUUCUAUUGUCCAAUUGCAGGGGUUGUGUCUGUGUAAAGGAAUGUUGUAAAAUCUAAUUAAUAUUAACAAGUACAAGGUUUCUGCAGUUUGACAGGGUUUUCAUCCUCCCUAGGGCCAGGAGUUUUUCCAGAAAUGUUAAAACCGUGUGACCUGUUUAGAACAUAUCUGUAUACCUAGGUGGCAGUUAGCCUAGUGGUUAAGCGCAUUGGGCCAUAAACUGAAAGGUCAUUGGUUCGAAUCCCUGAGCUGACUAGGUGAAAAAUCUGUUGAUGUGCCCUUCAGCAAGGCACUUAACCCUAAUUGCUCUGAUGGUCUGCUAAAUUACAGAAACGGUCCCACUUCCAUAUGAAUACCUUUUUACAACUACUAAUUAAUCACUUUCAGACACUGUCAGGGUCCUGAUUUAUACCUGGUUAGAUUACCGGAUUAGGAAAAGCUCCAGGCCCCCGGGAAAAUAAUUUGCCCCACCACUCUGGGACCUGUGGUGCGCCUCUGCAUCAGGGCCUCAUAGGUCCCAAAAAUCAUUGCAUGUGGGUCCAAAAUCACUGAUGCAUUGCAGUUGCAAUGAAAUUGGGAUAAACCACUUAAUAAUUGAUUUAAAGACUCAAAACUCUAAAUUAGGAACCUGAGCUGUGGAACUUGCCCAUUAUUAUUUGUGACUUGACUCGAAGGUUAAGACUUGAGACUUGCUUAGGACUUGUGACUUGGUUCCAUCUCUACCAAAAACACUGAAGCACAUACUGUCCUACCUCGAUCGUAUUCCAAGGACCAGCUUUAAACUUUCCCUGUUAAAAGGCCUCGUUUUAAGGCAUUAUGUUUGGAGGAGGUGGAAUGCUGAACUUAGAUGUGUAUCCCACGGCCCAGUGCCCUAAAUCUACCAGAUUCAUCAGGCACAUACAGAGUCCUCAGACUUGACCAAGCCUCUCACCCUCUCCCACAUGUAUUCUCCUCCUUCCUUGGGUGUAGCCUGAUCGAUUUGUCUGGUAUCUUGUAUUAUUUCUAGCGAAGGUACCUUUCAAAAAGAGUGAAGCGUACAGAGAGAGAGCCGUGUUGCUUCAGAUUGGUAUUUGGAUUAGAUCACGGCGAGAUUGAUUGACUGGCCUUGUUGCCUGAGAACGAUACUGCCACUGUGGAUCUUAGACUGUGAGGUGGAGUGCCUGGUGUUGUCAGGAUUUGGGGUUGUAACAUACAUGUUGAAAUACCAUUGCUGAAAAACAUCUCGUAUCUUUCAUAGCAAAACGUGUAUGAACGUGUACUUUUAAACAACAUGCGUUGGUGUAGCCAGUUGGUGUUUAAUAUUCCACAUACAACCCUAACUAUAAGUAUCAACGUCUCAGACCCUGUGGGAAAGUGUUUUUGAUAUGGCAGUGACCGCUUGAAAUUUUGCAGUAGUCCUAUUGUUAUACAAGCAAUUGACACAUUUCAUGUACUCAACACCAUUCUGUCUGCUUGAGCAAUUAUUUAUCGAUCAUUAAAAUAAUCUGUGUGUGAAUGAAUACUAUUAAUACAGACAUAGACAGCAUAUAAUUAUAUUUAAUAUACAAAAAUAGGAAUAUUAGACAGAAGACACAUUUUGAGGCUAUGAAAACCGUUCCAUGUCAGCUUCCACAUUCCAUUGUUGCCACCUCUACCAAGCUCGGCAGGUGGCAUGGGGUUGCAGAUGCACUCUCUGUCUGGAGCUGGGGUUUGAAGUACUGUGGUAAAGAAAGGAUGACGAAAAACACAAUAAAAGAGACGAGAUGCUUAACUCAGUUCUCAGGGAAUCACUUCAAGAAACAAAAACAAAAAAGUAGUAGCAUAAGCAUUUAAGAUAUUGUAAAUAUAAAAGUGUCAAUUCAGAAAAUUGUAAAGUUAUAAUUAUUUAUGAUAACUGUAUGUUUUAGUUUUUUGGGAUACUUGAAUUUGUUGUGGGCUGGGAAUGUGAUGACAGUUAGACGAAAAGACUUCAAGACAUUUCUCAGGUGCUCCUGUGUACAUUUUUUUUGAAUUUUUGUUUAAAUGUUUUAUUUGUAUGUUUUGUUUAGUUUUUGCAACGUGUUUUCUAAGAGGAAGCAUGUCAUUUCUAAAUUUGGGGGGGAAAAGAAGGCAUACCAUUGUGUACAGAAAGCAACCUGACUAUGCAGAAACCACUUGAUGGUUUGGUCCCCUUCUCCGGAGUCACCCAGACGAAUGUCUGAGGGGGGCUAGCCACUAUCCUAGAGGGGACAGACAAGGCACGACACGGCAUGUUUGUAUUUGUACCGAGCCUGCACAUGCUGCAAAUUGGGACAGACUUUGCCUUUGACCGAUCAAUGUACGAUUACUUUCUUUGGACUUAAGCCUUUAGUGUCUUCUCAAAGUACCUGUGUCAGGGCCUGACAUGGCAAUGAGAGUUUAGGGAGAACAACAGUCCAAAAGAUAUGAAAAUAAAACCCUGCAUGCCCUACACUAAGGAAGGAACUGGCAGAUAAUAUGAAUGAGGGUGUCUGUGUCCCCCCCCCCCCCCCAUCCCCCCCAAUCAUCCUCUCUUAUAUUUCUUCGUGCUUUUAAGCCUAUUCAGUUCAAUUUACCUGAACGACCACGGCCAUGCUCUGAACCAUUCUAUUAAACCCUUAUUGAGCAUUUGAGUUAUUGUUCUCCUUCUUUGCUUCCAUUGCUGGUCUUAAUUCCUUUAAUAAAAUAUUUUCUUUAGCUUUUGCAGCAUCCUCUGUUUUUUCAUUCACUAGCUACCGCACUACUUGAACCUGAGAUUUGUGAGUUACAAGGAGAGGACGAAACAAGCAUUUUUUUCAAAUGUAAGGGAGAUGCUUGCAUUUUUACAGACUAUUGCAGGUUAAUGUAAAGCUGCCUGUUAUAUACACACUUCAAACAACAAGCAUUUUCCUAUCGCUGAAGUAGUUGGUCCUACGGCAUUGAAAAGAAAAAAAAAAUGGAGAAAAAACUCCUCUGGCUUAAUUUCUUUCUUUCCCAUACUCGUUGUCUAUAUGUGUUAACUGUACCAGUGUUUUCACCUGUCCCUAGAAUUUAGAAGGAAAUAAUAAUCGCUGGUAGAGCUUGUUCACUAGUUCAUCUACUGUUUGAUUUUGAUUUAAGGGAAAGUGUUUGUUGCCUCUUUGUGCUACUGAUUUAUAUAAAAGGUAUCCAGUAUUUGUUGCCACAAAAGUAUAGUUCAUCAACACUUUUUGUUUGUGCAACCUCUUGAGCAAAUGUCUUUCAAACAAAAAUGUAUUACUAUUUAUGUAACGCUACUACCAUUUUAUAUCAUUUGUGUUGGAAUCUCAGUGCUUUUCUAUGAAUAAAGUGUGAAACACGUA